GAUCGAUUCCUUUUCGAUUGACGUUUGGUGUGGAAUUUUAUCCACAAAAUAGAACAUCGAAAGAAAGUAAAAAAAUAAAUAAAGUGAAUCCUUCAGCCUGGAAGUUAUAUGAAGAGUAUUUUGCAGGCAACAAUAUUUUGAAUAGUGUUAAUGAAUUAACUCGGAUAUAGUCUUUUUAAGACAAUAAAAUGGUACUGCGUUCGGGAAUAAUAAUUCCUUUUCAAUUUCGUGACAGUAAGAAACUUCUAAUGAUUGGAGUGCCUGAAGAGAACCGCAAUUUGAACAUCUGGGACUUGAGAAAUGUUGUGAGAGCUGCAUUUGGAAUUUAUAACUUUGAGUUUCGAAAUAAAAAGAUUGGAUUCAACAUACCAGAUGAGCUGCUUUUGCAUUAUUUGGCGCAACGCCAUGAUCUAACCAAUUUCGUUAUAGAAAUUGGACAAGUUUAUGAUCCUUGCAAAGAAAACUUCACUACAAUUGGUAAUUGUUCAACAUGCCGUUGUUCAGCGACACAAAAGUCGUCUUUGGAAUUACAUGAUAACGCAGACACUCCCAUUUACCAUACAACUGUUGGUGGCCGUUCUAAUGCCAGCGGAACAAGUUCACAAAACUCGCAGAAUGCUGAUGAAAUCCCCACAAUGAAAAUUCGCAUGCAGCAUUCAAAUAUACCCGCUGCUGAAAUAAGUCAUAUGGAAAUAGAGCCGAAAAUUGACUAUGACUCGACAAUUAAUACGACUGGUUCCAACACUGAGGUGGACGGCUCUUCACCUCCCCCGUUACCGGUCCACCCAAAAUCCAGUGUCUAUAUUGAUGAAGAACAUCAUCAACAGCAGCAACAAGAACUACACUUGGAGCGUUUACAACAUGAAUAUGCAUUGCAACACCACCAACAACAACAACAUUUCGAGGCUUUGAUGCAAGAAAAUACAACAGGAAAUAGCUUUAGGCAACGAAAGGAACGUAUGUCGAAAAAACAAAAAGAAAUAUACGUUAACUUUAUGGAGCAAAAUCCCGUCAUAAACGAACACCGCCGUAGUGAUCCUAUUUUGGAUCAAUAUUGGGUAAAAUUAGCAGAUAUUCUUAAUACAGUGCCACAAGGGGCAGUAAAACAUGUAGCAGAAUGGAAACAGACUUUCGAUAAUUGGCGUUAUCGUGUGUUUUUAUAUGCCCGAUACAAUUCAAAAAUCACAGGUACAGAUGCCUUAAAUCCAAAAAGCUUCAAGCCCUUCACACAAACAGAUAAGCGCGCUUAUCACUUUUGGAUAAGAAACCCUGAUACGGCACCACCUGAUUUGGAAAAAAUGCGAAAUGUGUUCGUUAAUCUAGAGGACACUCAACAAGAAUAGUUAGGUAGCACUAUAAAUAAACUAUACUAGCAUAAUUCAUAAUCCUAUUUUUCAGUAAAACUUAUAAUUUUUGUCACAAAAAUAUAGCAAACAUAUACAUAUAUAAGUUCAUUGUGUAAUAACUUAACGACAAUAUCAAUACAAACAUAUAUAAAUGAAAA